AUGCGCAUCAACACCUUCAAUAGUACCAUUAAUUCAAAAUUAUCAACUUUAAAACUUAGAGCGAUUAUGGUUUUAGUGACUUCAAGAUUAGAAGGAAUCAUUACUAAAAGAAUUGUACCAAAACUAAAUCGAUCAUCCAAAAACUUCAAUCCAAAAUUACAAAAACAAUUAAUUGAAGAAAAUUGUCAAGAUUUAAAAGAAGAAGUGAAUGAAGGGAUUCAUUUCAAGACAUUAAUUGAACCACCUAAUCUGGAUUUUAUUGAAGAAAGAGGUGGGUUUACUUGUUUUGGUGAUUGGGAAACUUGGCCUGGUAAAUCUUCUAGAGCUAUGUUGGAAGGUAUGCCAAAGUUAUAUGAAGGGAAUAUGGUUUCCAAAAUCGAUCAAAUCAUCUCUCAUAUCAAAUUAACUCCAUUUAAUAUGCAUGGAUUAUGUAAUGAAAUUAGACCUAGGCAAACAAUUGAACCUUUGAAAUUGAUGCUAAAAGAACAAGCUAAGGAGAAAAGAGGAAAAGCUCAAUUGGUUUUACAAAUGAUUUAA